AUGAAGGAGCGAGACGCUCCAGAACGAGCCACUCCGACCCCCACCGCCACCGCCACCCCCGCCUCCACCGCCAUCCCCGUCUCCACCGCCACCGCCCCCACUGGCACCCUCACCCCCUCCUCCUCCGCUACCUCCUCCGCCGCCACCUCCGCCUCCACCGCCUCCACCAGUACCUCCACUCCCUCCACCACCUCCACCGCCACCCCCACUCCCCCCGCCACCCCCACCUCCCCCGCCACCGCCCCCUCUAGCUCCACCCGCUCCCUUGCCCCCCUUGCCCUUGCCAGGACUCCUCAAGGAGGUCGACAGUGA